GUACUUUCAAAUUGCUGCAGUUCCUCCACCUGAUUGCACCAUGGCGUUGCCAGUGGUGUUACCUUCAGCCAGUGAUUGCAUCAAAGAGUUUGAUUUGGAUGGUGAUGGUUUGCUUUCUCACAGUGAGCUGGGCACAUGUUUGGAGGUGCUCCUGACACGUUUGGGUUCUCCAGAUGAAGAAGCCAGGCGCAUUUCCAGGUUGAUCGUUGAAGAGUGGUCCCUCCGUUCAGACUACGCCGCCGGCGCUGGCGCCGUGGACCGCUUGUUGCGCGCAGCCAUGGAACGUACUGCGUGCGUUGAGAAGAGUGAGUGAUGGCGAGAUGCUUCAUUUGGGUGAGAGCUGACAUGAAGAAGCAAACAGACUUCACCACACGAGGGAGAGUCCCCUUGGAGAAGCCUUCCAGAGUGGAAGCCGGAGAGAAGUGACGCCGGAGAGGUGUUCUCGAUGCAGAGAUGAAACGCGCGUUUGGGCUGGAGAAGAAG